CCCCAGCGCCUGGCCGGGCGAUGAGCGAGCUCAAGGACUGCCCGCUGCAGUUCCACGACUUCAAGUCGGUGGAUCACCUGAAGGUCUGCCCACGCUACACCGCCGUGCUGGCCCGCUCCGAGGACGAUGGCAUCGGCAUCGAGGAGCUCGACACGCUGCAGCUGGAGCUGGAGACGCUGCUGUCCUCGGCCAGCCGCAGGCUGCGGGUGCUGGAGGCAGAGACGCAGAUUUUGACAGACUGGCAGGACAAGAAGGGGGACAGGCGGUUCCUGAAGCUGGGCAAAGAGCAUGAACUGGGCACUCCAGUUAAACACGGCAAGCCCAAGAAGCAGAAACUAGAGGGGAAGGGUGGCCAUGGCACAGGGCCCGGGCCUGGGCGGCCCAAAUCCAAGAAUCUCCAGCCCAAGAUCCAAGAAUAUGAAUUUCCAGACGACCCAGUUGACAUGCCUCGGAUCCCCAAAAACGAUGCCCCGAACAGGUUCUGGGCCUCAGUGGAGCCCUACUGUGCUGACCUCACCAGUGAGGAGGUGCGAACCCUGGAGGAGCUGCUCAAACCCCCGGAGGAUGAGGCUGAGCACUACAAGAUCCCACCCCUGGGGAAGCAUUACUCUCAGCGCUGGGCCCAGGAGGAUCUGCUGGAGGAGCAGAAGGAUGGCGCCCGGGCAGCAGCUGCUGCUGACAAGAAGAAAGGCAUCCUGGGACCGUUAACAGAGCUGGACACAAAAGAUGUGGACGCCCUGCUGAAGAAGUCGGAGUCCCAGCAGGAGCAGCCUGAGGACGGCUGCCCUUUUGGGCCCUUGACGCAGCGCCUCCUGCAGGCACUUGUCGAGGAGAACAUCAUCUCGCCCAUCGAGGACUCCCCGAUCCCAGAGCUGGCGGGCAAAGACUCGGGAGCUGACGGUGCCGGUACUUCUCCCCGCAGCCAGAACAAACCCUUCAGCGUCCCCCACACCAAGUCCCUGGAGGGGCGGCUCAAAGAGGAGCUGAUUGCCCAAGGCCUGCUGGAGUCGGAGGACCGCCCCCCCGAGGACUCGGAGGACGAGGUCCUGGCGGAGCUGCGCAAGAGGCAGGCCGAGCUUAAGGCGCUCAGCGCUCACAACCGGGCCAAGAAGCAGGAGCUGCUCAGGCUGGCCAAGGACGAGUUGCACAGGCAGGUUCUGCGGCAGCGUGUGCGCAUGGCUGACAAUGAGGUCAUGGAUGCCUUCCGCAAGAUCAUGGCGGCACGCCAGAAGAAGCGCACACCCACCAAGAAGGAGAAGGACCAGGCCUGGAAGACCCUGAAGGAGCGUGAGAGCAUUCUCAAGCUCCUGGAUGGCUAAUGGGGAAGUGCCACAUCGCCCUGUCUCUCCGGACUGGCUGCCCAGCUGGGCUCCCUCUGCCUGCACUGACAGCUCCUCGCUGGGGACGGGGAGGCUCCAACCCUUGGUCUUAGAAGUGACUUCCCCGUCCCUGUCUCAGUGGGGCUGGGCACGGGCUCAGCUCUGCCUGGGGCCAGGCUGGAGGGGUUUGCCAGGCCCUGGGGAGACAGAGCCCCCAUGCGUGUCUCUGCCUGCGGCUCUGCACCUGGUAGCACCUCCCUGAGCAGCUCUCUGUAGUCCCCCUUCUCCCUGGGGUGCCCAGCUUCUCUGCAUCUCCCUUCCCUACUAUGCUGUGCAAGGGGCGAUCUCCCUUCCCAGCCACCAGUGGGAGCAGGUGAUCUGCAGGGGUGGGUGCUGCGCAGGGCUGGGACAGGGCUCAGGGCCCUUCUCCUAGGCCCGUUCUUCAGAUCCCUGCUGCAGCCAAGGGCAGGAGAGGGCUCCCUCACCCGUCUGCCUGUAGGCAGCACCCUUUCCUUUCUGGCCCAUCUGGCCGUUGACCCAGAGCCCUUGUCUGGCUGCAGGAAAGAGCCACCCAUCAGCCCCGGGACCGCACAAGCACAGCUGCCUGUCUGGAAGGGUCCCUGGUCCCUGGAGGGCAGUUCCUGCUGCCUCCCUCCUGGUCACACGGGCAAGGGCAGGGGCUGAUCAGCCCUGCUAGCAUAGCCCCAGCCUCCCAAGGGCCGAGCUCCCCUGCGCUGGGGAACACAGCCUGAAGCCAAGCAGGGAGGCGCUGCCUGGAGAAACCAGUGGGUUGGGUGCCCCCCGCAGUGCCCAAUUGUGAGCAGCAGAGGGUGCUGUGACCCUGGGAACAGCCGCUCCUGCAGCCCGCUGGGCCCUGCUGUUAUUCUUGGAAAGCCAUGACAUCAGCCAUGCUGCAGCGGGGGGCUGGAGCAGCUGCAGCCCCCGGUCUCACUGCCUGGGGUGCCUCCGUGGGGUGGGGAGACACAGACCAGCUCAGUCCCCAGGUGCGGAGAGAGCUGCCAAAGCAGGGGGCUGUAGCUGU